AUGACAGAUGACAAAGAUGUGCUUCGGGAUGUGUGGUUUGGACGAAUACCAACCUGUUUUACACUCUAUCAGGAUGAGAUAACCGAAAGAGAAGCAGAACCAUAUUAUUUGCUUUUACCAAGAGUAAGUUACUUGACGUUGGUUACUGACAAAGUGAAAAAGCACUUUCAGAAGGUUAUGAGACAAGAAGACAUUAGUGAGAUAUGGUUUGAAUAUGAAGGCACACCACUGAAAUGGCAUUAUCCAAUUGGUUUACUGUUUGAUCUUCUUGCAUCAAAUACAGCUCUUCCUUGGAACAUCACAGUACAUUUUAAGAGUUUUCCAGAGAAAGACCUUCUGCAUUGUCCAUCUAAGGAUACAAUUGAAGCCCAUUUUAUGUCUUGUAUAAAAGAAGCUGAUGCUUUAAAGCAUAAAAGUCAAGUCAUCAAUGAAAUGCAGAAAAAGGAUCAUAAACAACUCUGGAUGGGAUUACAAAAUGAUAAAUUUGACCAGUUUUGGGCCAUUAAUCGGAAACUCAUGGAAUAUCCUGCAGAAGAUAAUGGAUUUCGAUACAUACCUUUUAGAAUAUAUCAGGCAACAACUGAACGACCUUUCAUUCAGAAGUUAUUUCGACCAGUUGCUACAGACGGCCAAUUACAUACACUAGGAGAUCUCUUAAAAGAAGUUUGUCCUUCUGCAAUUACUCCUGAAGAUGGGGUAAAGAAGAAUCAAAUUAUGAUUCAUGGAAUUGAGCCAAUGUUGGAGACACCUUUGCAGUGGCUAAGUGAACAUCUGAGCUACCCUGAUAAUUUUCUUCAUAUUAGUAUCAUACCCCAACCAACAGAUUGAAGGAGAGACUCUAAUCACCUGAAAAAAGAAUGAGCAUCACCCUUAAACUGGAUCAACCAGAGCAUGUCAACCUUUUCCUUCAGUCAGGUUUGGUGGAGGCAACCUGACCAGAAAAACCUCCUUGCUUCAAUGCAAGCCAGACAGGAAAAAAAGAUUCCAUGGCCAGAUAAGGGCAGUUGAGCUGGCCUUACUCUGCAUCACCACUGCUUUCCUCCACUGCCGUCAUUAAACCUCAGUUGCAACAUGAAAGACUUUACAGGACCACUGCAAGUCUUCUGUUUUCUUGUAAAAUAUAAUGAAGCUGAAACUCGGCCUAAGAAGCAGAUGGAAAUAUAUGCCACUCGAAUUGUACUUCCGAUUAACAAAUAAACAGAGGUAUUUCCUAAUGUGACCAUGAUUGAACUUUAGAUGGAGGGAAGUGGAAACAAUGGUUUAAUUUUCGAGAGAUUUAGACUUAAGAAAGUAAAAAAGAAAUUCUGUUAUCAAUAACUUGCAGCAAUUUUUUGUAAAAGAUCAGAUUACAGUAAACCCAUCUUUCCUUAAUAAGAAUUUCCUAUGUUUACAGUAUGUUUAUUGGUAUGCAAUCUUUUAACUUUGAUAAUGAGCAGUGAGAUUUUUAAAUAAAACCUAAACAUGUUUUGUCAUUUAAUAACAUGUAUGACUUUGUCGCUUUCAAAUAUUUUCUGACUUGUAUAUAGCAGAUCACUGUUUAUACUGUAUGUGUUACCAUUCAGACUGGUCUUCGGUGGCAUGGUGAUGGGCUGGGAGAACUUGUCUGUUAUAGAAUUUCUUGCUGCCAAUUUUUAAAUCUUUAUGUGAAAAUAUUUUCUUUACUUGAUAACACCAUAUAACAAUGUUAAAGUUUAUCAUUAUUUUAUUAUUUAUCCCCUUAGGCUGUCAGUCAUGGUUUAGUAUGAUAAACAGAUGCAAUGAAUACUUUUUGACUCCUGGAAAGCCCUUUCUUUUCCAAGAUAGCAUUUACAUUGUCUCUGACUGUAAUGUUUUUAAUGUAAGUCCCCUGACAGUCAGCCUAUAAAGUCUAAACAUGACAUAUUCUUCCUUACAAUAGCUUUCUCUUUACCAAAUAUAUUCAAAGGUUACUGGAACUCUCCUUCAACAUUUUCAUACACUACAGAUGAUUUCUUGUGUACUUUCUUGCUGUGUGCACUAUGGCAAUCCAUCUGAGUUUGCUAGAACUUUAGCUUUGCAACAGGAAUGGUAUUAGAUUCAAUAACAAAGUGGAACAGGUCCUAUUUUUUAUAAGUAUUUGAAUAUUGAUGAGAAGCUCCACUAGCUCUUUGCUCCUUUUUCUUUUUCCCUUUUCCUUUUUCCUACAGACAGUAUCAUUUGUCUACUCAAUAGCAGAAUCAGUCGAAGAAAGGGGGGAAAAUUGCACUUUGUUGAACCAGAUAGAGCACGAUCCAAAACAAAAAUAAUAGUGCCAUAAUGACCAGAACAAAACAGCAAAUAGAUAAUAAUUAGCUAAUGUAAAUUAAGGAGGGUAUGGUAUUAAAGUAAAGGUAGAGAAGAAUAAGAUUGCCUAAAUUACUUAAAGAUGAAAGGCCAAAAAUACACCGAUGUGUCUUCAUCACACAUGCAAAAAGAUGUUAGUACAAAAAGGAUCACUCCCAUUAGGCGUGCUUAUAUUCUUCUCAGUUUGAGGGUUUUCCCCAUAAUGUUUUGAAAAAAACUUUAUGAGCAAAAGGGUCAAAAUGCUUAGAUUAUUUCUAAACCAUAGUGAGGGGAGAAAAUAAUUUGCAGAAAGUGGUGGUAUUCUCCACUCAUGAGAACAAUUUAUGUUUUUAGAAAAUGGCUUAUGAGUUUUUAGGGGGAAAAAAAGCCUUACUUAGGAAUUGAAAGUUUGUUUUUACCAAGCCUUUUCUCUUUUAUUUUUUAAAUCAUAUUUGGUUUAUUGUACCAGCAAUUUCAAUGUGUUGUUCUCUUUUCUGGUCCCAUAAUCCUUUGAAAGCCAAGUCUCUGUGGCCCAGUAAUGGAACAAAGACAGAGAAAUUAGUGCUUGACUUAAAUAUCUAUUUUUGUUUCUUUUUAUUUGACU